AUGGAUCCAUACAAUUUUACAAACAGUCCUCUCAAUUACAACUCAUCCGAGUAUGAAGAUGACUAUGAGGAUUAUUUUGAGGAUACAGAUCUCAGGAAAUCUCUUAACAUCAUGUCACUGAUAGUCUACAGUCUGGCUUUUGUACUUGGAGUGGUGGGGAAUGGCAUUGUCAUUUGGGUUACUGGAUUCAAAAUGAAAAGGACAGUCAACACGGUCUGGUUUCUGAACCUUGCUGUAGCAGACUUCCUCUUCACUGCCUUCCUCCCUCUCAGUGUGGCUUAUACAGCUAUGGGUUUCCAUUGGCCUUUUGGCCAGUUCAUGUGCAAAUUCAACAGCACUCUCAGUUUCCUCAACAUGUUUGCCAGUGUGUACAUCCUGGUUGUGAUCAGCAUUGACCGCUGUGUGUCUGUGGUGCGUCCAAUCUGGGCACAAAACCAUCGGAAUGUGAGCCGAGCUUCUGUGGUGAGCUUUGGAGUUUGGUUAUUUGCCCUGGUGCUGAGCUCACCCUACUUUGUCUUCAAGGACACUGCACCCGACCACAGUAACCCAAACAUCAUCAACUGCUUCAACAACUUUGCAUUCUCCGAUGACUAUGAAACACCAGAGGUGGUGGAUCUCCGGAUGCUACGGCAUCGUGCCAUGAUCAUUACCCGUUUCAUCAUAGGCUUUGUGGUGCCUUUUGUGAUCAUCGUCUCCUGCUAUGCAGUCAUUAUCCAUCGUCUCCAAAGAAACCGUUCCAUGUCUGGCCGAACUGGACGUCCCUUCAAGAUCAUUGCUGCAGUGAUCACCGCCUUCUUUCUGUGUUGGGCUCCUUACCAUAUCCUGGUGCUUAUUGAAAUGGUAAACCACAUGGCAACAAAAUACAGCUCCACCCUGGAAUAUGUCACCACUGUUGGAAUUCCCAUUGCGACCAGUUUGGCUUUCCUAAACAGCUGCCUGAACCCACUGUUGUAUGUUUUCAUGGGACAAGACUUUAAAGACAAGGUGCGCAAGUCAAUCCUGAAGGUUUUGGAAACCGCUUUCACGGAGGAAGUUUCACGCACAAAUACCUGCACAAAUUCAAUGCCCACCAUUCGUAACAAAGAGAACGGGAGCAAGUCCUUCUCUGAUGCGGAAGUAUAACUGUAUAGUAUAAAUGAAGCACUUUUUCUGAAGGAGGACUUUACAGAGUGUCUCGUGUAUUUAAUGCCAUCCUAAAUAAAAAUGAGACACAUUAACAUGGACCAAAAGAAACUGAGAUGGUUUGAAGCUUUACACUAAAACACUGCCUUGCUCUUAUGGGGAUAUGCUUAUAUGAUGCAGAAUUAUUAUAUACAUUUGUGUGUGUGUGUGUGUGUGUGUGUGUGUACUUGUUUAUGUUACAUUGUGGGGACCAAAUGUCCCCACAAGGAUAGUAAAACCUGAAAUGUUUGACAAUGUGGGGACUGGCCUGUGGUCCUCAAUAGUAAAUGAUGUAUAUCUGAAAGUGUAACAAUGCAAACUGGUUUUCUGUAAGGGUUAGGUUUGGGUUAGGGGAUAGAAAAUAUUGUUUGGUUGGUAUAAAAAUAAUAGAAGUCAAUGGAAAGUCCCCACAAUUCACAGAAACAAACGUGUGUGUGUGUGUGUGUGUGUGUGUGUGUGUGUGCAUGUAAAAGAGAGAGAGAUUUAAUUAUAUACCCAUAAAGUAUUUGAAAAAUGAAACUUGGUUUUGUAGGCCAUAUAUGAGCAAAUUAGAAUGAAGUUUUUACAUCAAUUGUGCAUGUGAUGCAAGUAGCUUUUUGCUGUUUCUUUACUGUAUAACUAUUGUCUGCACAUAAUUUUUAUGAAGUAUCUUUUAUUUCAUAUUAAAUAGUAUUAAAUUUGUUGAUGUAUAUAAAAGAUUAAACAAAAAGCUGAAGCAAAAUAAACUUACUGAUUAAG